AUUGUUGGUGCCUAAUAUGUGACGACCUCCGUCUUGCAGUUGUACAGAGGGCUUUGCAAAGUUGACAAUUAUAUUUUGGAAUCAGAUUGGAGUGGAGCUAGGAAUCAUGGAAUCUGACAAUAUUCUAGAAGUUCGGGGUGUCUCGUCGAAAACAACUAUGGACACAGUGGAAAUGUACUUUGAGAACACUCGUCGAUCCAGAGGAGGAGAUAUAAAAAGCAUUGAUGAAAAGGAGGGGGUGUUUUAUAUAGUGUUUGAGGAUGAAAGUGUUACCGAGGAUGUACUACGUAUAAAACAUAAAAUUGAUGGAACAGCAAUUGAGGUAUGCAGGUAUGUUUCACCCCCUCCUCCAAAGCCAGUGCAAAAUUACCCAAACAAAGUCUUCAUUAAAAACAUCAGUGAAAACACCACUAAGGAUAAACUGGAGAAAUUUCUAGAGAAAGUCAGUUUAUCUCCUACACGUAUAGAGUAUGGAGAGUUGGAGGGAUCAGCUAUAGUAACAUUUGAUUUAGGUUAGGAUCCUUAAGCUCUUUUACUUAGUCUCUA